AUGUCCGAACAUAGCCUCCUCUCUCUCACAAUAGCAAAGCCGCCACCCUUCCAUCUCAUCACCAUGAAGGCCUCCAUCUUCGUCGCUGUGGCCUCAGCCGCCCUCGUCUCCGCUGCCCCAACACCAGCCGUCCUCGAUGCUCGCGCUCCCCCCAACAUCCCCAGCAAAUCCGCUGCUACCACACAGCUCGCUGGUCUCACUGUCGCCGCCCAAGGCCCACAAACUGGUUACUCCCGUGAUCUCUUCCCCCACUGGAUCACUCAGUCUGGAGCCUGCAACACACGCGAGGAGGUCCUCAAGCGCGACGGCACGAAUGUCGUAACUAGCAGUGCAUGCGCCGCAACCUCUGGAUCGUGGUUCAGCCCCUACGACGGCGCUACAUGGACCGCAGCCAGCGACGUCGACAUCGACCACAUGGUGCCAUUGAGCAAUGCCUGGAAGUCCGGCGCAGCAUCAUGGACCACAGCCCGCCGUCAAGCCUUCGCCAACGACCUCACAAACCCCCAGCUCCUCGCCGUAACCGACAAUGUGAACCAAGCGAAGGGUGACAAGGGCCCCGAGGAGUGGAAGCCCCCGCUAACCAGCUACUACUGCACGUACAGCAAGAUGUGGAUUAAGGUCAAGAGCGUGUAUGCGCUUACUAUUACGAGUGCGGAGAAGAGUGCGCUUACUAGUAUGUUGGCUACUUGCUCGUCGUAG